CCCGAUCGUCAUCUUUAUUUCAAUUUCAAGUUUUUUUUCCAACGUCUUCUUCCCGCUUACGAAGCACCGGAAUAUUCUAUUCAACAUCGGCCGACGGAUUCACGAUUCCGACCACGAACAACGCCCUACCUGUUUCCUAUACCAGCUUAGCUUCUCUCAUCAGUGUAAGGAAGAGAAAAACUCUCAGCGAUACCGAUUUGGCCUUUGGGAUUCAGAUCUCGGACGUUGUAGUAAUGGAGAAGGAUCUGUUAGAUAUCUCUGGGGAAGACGAAUCCAAUUGGCUUAUGAGAGACACGCCGGUUAAAGGCGUUGCGUCGUUUUCCGGUGGCCGGGAAAAGAGCUAUUUAGAUUGCUCGCCUCUCCAAAUCCCUAGAUCGAGUCGCGCCGUUCCUCCUCGCCCUCCUUUUUCUUCAAUUGGAAGAGUAACAGGCAACACAAGCAACGUGGAGCAGCCAAGCGCUUGUACUGAUACAGGCAGUGUAGGCAAGGAGAAUACCAGUGGGAGCAAAGUUGAGUUGAGUGUGGAGAGACAACAGAUGAAAAAGAAGAAAAAGAAUGCAGGUUUUAACUUGCGGAAAAGCUUAGCUUGGGAUAGAGCCUUUUCAACUGAAGAAGGUGUUUUGGAUUCCACCGAGCUAUCUAAAAUCACUGGAAACGCUUGUCUACUUGGUGGAGAUAUGUUAUCUGCCAUUCAGGAGGAGGCAACGUCAGCUUCCAAAUUUACUAAUGUUUCACCGGGUCUACAAGCACUUGAAGAGAACCUGUUUAACGACUUGCCUGUGAAUAGUAAAAGGAGAGAGAAGAAGAUUGUGAUUGGCACUGUGCCCAAGUACUCAACACCAUCUAAAGCCCAAUCUUCUUCCAUGAAAAAAGUUUCAGCUCAGGAUUUGAGAAGCGGUUCCAAACGCAGUGGCUGUCCCCGGCCUCCUCCGUCAUCUUCCCUGAAAAGACCUGCAAAUGUGCAUACAACAACACCACGUAGCAGGGAGCCGAGCGUAUCUAAAGUUUCUAAGACUAAAUCUGAUCCAGUUUCAAACAACAUGACAAAGAUUACCCGAAGUCCCAGCAAACCGAAACUAAGUCAACUUACUCAGUCAAGUAAUUCUCAGAGGAGCUUAGGAUCUGUAAGCUUCUCGAAAGGCACUUCCAGCACAAAGAGUAAAACAAGUUCCAGCGUGGCGAGCAGAAGUUCAAUUCCGAAGCCCUCUCUUAGGCAAUCUAGAAGAAAUGUGAUCACCAAAACAUCAGGAGCUCCUUCAGCAUCCAAGUCACAGCAUUCUGUUGCUGGGAAGUCCAACGAUGGCCCUAUGACUACAUCAGAAAUGGAUAUGCUUGGUCAUGCAUCAAAUAUCGCCAACUCUGAUUUGACUAAUAUGGGCACCGCAUUAGCUCAAAAUAGUAGAGUUGGAAACACGCAGUCUGCAGUUUCCCGACUGGCAAAACCAUCAGGUUUAAGACUGCCGUCACCGUCAAUUGGCUAUUUCGAUCAGUCUGGUUCUCAACCGUCACACAGUGCAGAAGAAAAGCAUAAUCAGCUUCCAAAGUCUGAUAUUGGUUCAGCUUCUCGUUUUUCUUUGAUCCCUACCUCCAAAAAACCUCAAUUUUCCGAAAAAGUUCCCAGAGUUAACUCCAAGUCAGCAACUGGUAACAUCGGCAGUUCAGGUCCAGCUGCAGGUUUCUCUGCUCAAGAAAGGGUGAAAAUAGGCCUGAAAAGCACUUGGAAAAUAGAAUCCGAAGUGUCGUCUUGUUCAAAGGUUUCCCAGAUAAAUGAAAGCCUGCAGCAUCCAUGUAUCUUUCCAGGUGAUAUUUGUACAUCUGAGAACAUUUCUACUGCAAAAUGCGAAGAUUUUCAGAGUAGCAGUAAGCUGCCGCUCAGUAGAAUGUCUGAUGAUAAUACGGAUGAGCAAAGGAAGACUCUCUGCUCAGUAGAAGGUCCAUUUAUCAAAGGUUCCAUGGAUUCUCCGGUGCAGGGUCCUUCUGGCGAUGAGUUACCACGGUUGCAAGUCCGCAAUCAAGAGGAAGAUGUAUGUACUAUGAACGCUUUCAAUGAAGACUUAGAUACAUUGGAUGUACAUUUGAAACCACAAAAGGAAUGCGUGCACCCUGGAGAUGAAGACGGGAUGAGUCAUUUCCUUUCUGGAGAAAACGACGUGCUAAUUAUCAACCAUUCUACUGAAAAUGUAGCAAAGCAGUCUGAGGUUUUAGAUUCCCUCACUUCAGAUCCAGGGCCUGCUGACGCACCAGAUUGUGUUCAAUCAUCAUGCAGCCGUUUUGAGGAAAAUACAGUGUUGGACUCUGUUCCGUGUGGUCAUAACAUAGAGUGUGAUGGUCAGGCUGUAGUAGAAACGGAAAAGGGAAUUGAUGUAAGCGAUAGCACAGAGACAAACUGUGAGGCUGAUUUCGUUGGUCCAUUUCCCGAUUGCAAAGACUGGUCUAGAGAAUCUGAAGAACAGCAUUUCUCGCGCCAAUUAGCCCUUGAGGGGAAAGAGGGAAGUCGUGAGAUAGAUGUCGUGACCAGAAAAGAAAGAGCAGAUACAGAUGAUGUCGCUGAUAUGCAGAUAGAUUACUUAACUGGUUCUACUGCAGAUGAACAAAACAUCGAUCAAGUGAACUUACUAAUGCCUUCCUCCGCUGAAGUUAAGAUGGAGGAUAAAUCUCGGGAAUCAUCUCAUGAAACCUGCUCUGAGAAACUAACUUCUGAAAAGCAUAUUCAGUAUAACUGUUCCAGAGCUGCAGAUACAUCUGAUGUAAAGGAUGUUUAUGUAAUGAAGCAGACUGAUCAACUUGAAACAUCAGAUCGUUGCUCUCCAGCAAAAGAUGUAUCUGCCACAGUGUUCUCUUAUUCAAAUGAGGAGCUUGAAGAUAACUCAGAGCUGGAAGACAUGGAUCUGGUUACUGAGUCAGAUAGCUCAGAUGAGGAGCCUGAUGGUAAUUUGAAUCUGAAACAGGUGAAUCUGGUUACUGAGUUAGAAUCCAUUAGUGACCUCGAUGAGUUUCCUAUCAAGGGCGUUCCUGAUCAAGAAUAUCUGGAACUAGAAGCUAUCCAUACUGCAAUGGACCAGCGUGGAAAACCUAACACUCUACUAAGUGAAUCAAUUGGUUCCCCGGCUUCUUUAUCUGGAGAUCCUGAGAGUCUAAAUCAGGACACCGUUUUUUCCAGAAGCUCCGAAGGCAGGUCAAGCCAGGAUUCAAAUUCUGGAUGUAUUGUGUGUAACUAUGUUGGAGAAGCUGAAGGCCAGACAGAUACUGAAAAGGAUUUCAGUACUCGGGUUACUGGUCAAGAAUUUGCCUCUCAUGAAGAAGGUGAAGUUCAAGUUACAAAGAUCUCUCGUGAUCCUGUAGAAUAUUUGACCAGAGGGGAGGAAUCAGGAGCUCCGAUAUUCAUGAAAGAGGCAUUCUCAGCCAGAGAUGAUAUGCAGCCUGACGAGUUCACUGUCCUGAGUGAUGACACUUUGCCAUCAGAAAGUGGAAAGGAUUCCAGUGCUCAGGUUACUGAUCAGGAACUCGGCUCUUAUGAAGAUGUGGAAGUUCAAGUUAUAAAGAUCUCUCCUGAUCCUGUAGUAUACGUGACCAGAGAGGAGGAACCAAGGACUCCUAUGACCACGAACGAGGCUUUCUCAGUCAGAGAUGAUAUCCAGCCUGACGAUGACAAUUUGACAUCAGAAAGCAAUGAAGUCCAUGCCUCUGGAAGCAGUAGCGAUCGUACAUGUUUAUCAGAAGGCAAGGAUAAGACCGUACCAAUGGAUGCUAAGUCUGAGAAGAAACCUGAUCCUAUUAUUGUAAAGCCUCCAAAUGCUGUUCCAUUUUCUGACGAAUGGUUAGCUGCAAUUGAGGCGGCUGGGGAGGAAAUCUUAACUCUGAAAAGUGGACGUGUACAACAUUCACCAACCGACAAGACUGUUCCUGAACCAGGUCCAUGGUCUCCGGUGAAGAAGAAGAACAAUCAAGGAGUAGGACCAUUUGACUGUACAAAGUAUACAAACAAAUGUCUUCCUCCUACUUUAGAUUGAAAACUUGGUUUCUUCUUUCUUAACCAUUAUUUUCUCUGUCUUUUACCCCUUUUUAACCACUACUAGGAAAGUAAAACUUUGUUGAACACAAUCAGCUUUUUAUUGCAUGCUUAAGAAAUCAAAUGUGUACAAAGAACUUGCUGUUUUGUUCUUGUUUAGAGGCAUGAAUGACUUGUUCCAUAAUGGAUAAUUUUCUUAA